CAAACUUGUAAACAAACGCCCGGGCGGAAAGGGGAGUGAGGGGCUCUGAAGGCUGUGGCCCCUCAGCCUAACUAGCCCCAUAAAACUCUCAAGAAGUGAGGGAUGUCUUAAGAAUCAGCUCUCCUGCACCCCACCCAUCAUGUGACUUUUGUUCAACUUAUUGUUAAAAAAAAGAAGAGGGGAAGAAAUGGCUCAUACUCCCCCAUCUCUGAUUGAAGGGGAGUGGGUGGCGGGCCUGGUGCUGGCGAGGGGUGGCAGCAAAGGCGUCAAGAGCAAGAACCUCCUCCAGCUGGACCGGAAGCCUUUACUGAGGAGGACACUGGAGGUCAUGCACAAGGCCAAGUGCUUCAAGAGUGUGUGGGUGAGCACCGAUAGUGACUUGAUAGCAGAGUGUGCAAGGGAGGGUGAGGCUCAGGUCCACUGGCGGGCACCCUACACAGCUACCGAUGAUGCAUCCUCUGUGUGCGCUGUGCAGGAGUUCCUUAAGCACCACCCAGAGAUCACCAUAGUGUGCCUGGUCCAGUGUACUUCCCCAUUCCUGAAGGCAGAGUACCUACAGAGUGGACUAGAGAAGAUGGGGCAAGGGUACGACUCUGUGUUUUCAGUGACGAGGAGGCACUUAUUGAGAUGGUCUGAAGGUGAGUUUACUGUCGCUCAAAACUUCAGUCCGAAACACCGCCCUCGCCGUCAAGACUGGCCGGGUGAACUGUCCGAGAAUGGCAUGUUUUACGCCGCCAAGGUGGAGCUUGUCAAGAGUGGCUUACUGCAGGGCAACAGGUGCGGGUAUGUUGAGGUGCCGCAGGAAGACAGUCUGGAAAUCGACUCUCCCUUUGAUGCUGUUGUUGCGCAGGCGUGGAUCAACUACUGUCAGGAAGGCUCCGUAUGACACUCGUUGCCCUUAGGUGAGUACAGCAUGUGUAGUGUCUGUAUACCAGCAUUGUCUGUAUUUGUCGAGUUUCAGUACCUCGGAAAAAGUGUUCUGUUUAUAAUGGUGUUAUUUUCAGAAGUUUUUAAUGUUUCUAUUGUCGUACUAAUGUUAUUUUAUUCUCUUCCUUUUACAUGUCUGUCCCAUUGCUCAACACUCAAUACUUAAGUUUGUUGAAGGAUGAUUCCAAGUUUUUAGGCUCGUCACAUUGUAUCAUCUUCACUCACUUUCUAGUAGUAUUUGUUCUUCACUCACGCCAGGUUGCUUCCAUAUUAAAACCUUUUGUCUUCCAUCUUUCAUUUUAGUAGGAUGAAAGGUUCUUUAUUCCUUAUUUUCUCCACACUGAAAAUCAAUCAGUUU